UUUGUCAAUGUCAUAUUGCACCAUUCAGUGCACUCUCGUCAUUAUCAUUUCUUUAAAAAUCGAGAUAGCCAAAUUACCAGUUUGUAUUGUUUAUAAGAAAGAUGAGUGUUAUUAGAAGGAGCACGCAGUUCGAUUCAACAGCAUCUUCGCAAGAGAGCCACGAUCACGACGACAUAAAUGUUGUGAAGCAGAAAAAUCUCGCUAAGGACUUGCUGAAAUCUCGAAUUUUCUUAGGUCGCUACUUAGAAAGGCGGCUAAUAAACCAACAGAUUGGCUACAGAGAUGUUGUUGUUGUUAGUCCGGCUGAGGUUGACUUGAAGAGAGAUUUGCUUGAAGUGCAAAACAGUCUCCGUAUUGUUUGUCCAAACAUCCAAUGGAUCGGGAUCACUGACUCUGAACCACUCGGUUACACAUCUGGCGUAUGCAUCUGGACCGAAAUUGACAAUCAACCCUUCGGGCCGUUUUGGUUUCAAGUGAAGAGCCUCAAAUUCAGGGAUGAAGAAAUUAUAGUGACUGUCAAGUGUCUUCGGCACAUAUCAGAUGCAUUUCUGGAAUUGGAGCCUAUAUUGACUGGAGGAUCUGAAGGUACAAGCAAGAGUAUGGAAAAAAGUGAAGGCAAAGUUGAAAAGCCUAUAGAGGCUCUUAGCGACACUGUUCAAGAGAUAAAAGCUAAUUUAAAAACUGCUUUAUCUAUAACCAAUGUAAAAGAAUUCUUUACAUUCAUUUUUGCACUUGUAAUUGCAGUUUUUACUGGAAGCACUGCAUUUAUCAAUUUCCUCGGCAAUUUUAUUUUAGCGUUGUUGAGAGAAAUGUCAAUUUUGGUCAAAAAUUCGACUCCAAUGUUUUUGGGUUUUUUAGACUUUUUGAGUAAAAUUGUUGGGGGAUUUUACAUCCUGUUAGCUAUGUUCUUUAAGCCGAGCAACCCACCUCCGCAGAACAAGAGAUCACUUAGAUACCAUGACAAUACACAAUCUAGGUACAACAAUGAAUUUGACAGCAGAUAUAUUGACUGAUUCAUAUUUAUAUAUUUUUUUAAGAUUUAGUUGUUUACGCUUUAUUUUGGGCAGAGUCUGUGCGGAAAGAGAAGAGUUGUCAGAUCUAUGGGGCCCAAUAUACGACUCUUCUCUUUCGAAACAGACUAUAGAUCUCAACUUUGUUAUGCCAAAGCUAAAUAAAAGUUAAACUGCGGCAUAAAAAAAUGCAAUCAGGUUGCAGUCUGCCUGUAUCAGCCCUAAUAGAAAUCUAAAGAAAGCUCUAAGUAUACAAACAUUAUAGUCAACUCCUCCCCUGAUGGUGAUCACAUACAUUAGUGUAUAUCUAUGAUCUGAUCCAUCACUAUAUGGCAAAAACAAGCCAAUAAAAAGAUCAAAAUAAAUAAGAUGUUUAAAAAGUGUCACAUACACGUCAGCAUACUAAGCAUAGUGAUCUUAUGAGCACCCCCUUCUAUUUUUUUUUGUCUUCCUACCCACAGUUUUUUGGUGACGGAACCCUUUUGGAAAGCGAAAUAUUUGACGGAACCCCAAAUUAAAUAUUUUCGUUCGUCAUGGUCGACCAGAUAUACCUAUUGUUUUUUUCUUAUUAUUAGAAGUAUUUUUGCGGAACCCCAACAGAGGCUUUGCGGAACCCUAGGGUUCCGCGGAACACACUUUGAGAAUGGCUGGGUUAUACAAUAAAACGUUGCAGAAUGAGGCUGGACCUCAACUACACUAUAGACUUAAGAGCCCACUUGUUAACAUUCUUAAACUUGCAAUCUUUCGCUAUUAUCAGCUGUUCACUUUCCGCAAUAUUCCGCAUUUUGAUAACAUUCCUAUUGUUUCAUCCCAUUCCAUUCUAGCAGCUGUUUGGCAUAUCGCUGGCCCAAUAUUACAGGGUUCUAUGUUAAAUUUUCAAGAUAGUUGAAAUUCGACUUAAUGUCGCUAUGACAAUGUUCAAAUUUCAAUUUAAUAAAAGUGGAACAUUGAACCCUACCUGUAAUAUUGGGCCAGCAAUAUAAUGUUUGUGGAACAAGCCAUAAUGAACCUUAAGUCCAUAGCCUAAUAACAAGAUGUUUAAGAGGGUUUACCUAAAUUUUUUGAAGCUGUGUUGUAAAAAGGACUAACAAGGUUCAUUAUUGCUUGUCUCCAAGAUAUUCCCUGAUGUAUUGCCAGCACACAAAAAAAGUAAGUAGUGUUUUUUUGUCUAUGGUUGUAUUGUAUUCAAAACAAUUUCACAGCAUUUACAUACAUGAUUGUAUAAAAUAUUUAUUUAUUUUAUUGUAGACUUUAUUUUAUAAUUAGUGAUAAUAACACUGAAAAUAAGAUGAUAAUUAUGUGCUUAGAGUCACACAAAGACAAAUCUGCAACGAUUUGGAUAGCAUAUGCAAAUGUUAUUUUAUAUUUAAUACUUCUAUGAAAUUAUGACGUAUUUUAAAUAACACUUGCACUACAUGUGCUAUCCAAGUCGUUGCAGACUUAUUUUGAUCUAACUCUACAUGAUUUCCUCUGGUUAUGGACUUAUGGCAAAUGGAGGUAAAAAUUGUAUAUACAUUUUUGUAAUUUUAUGAAAUAUUAAACAAUUUAUUUAA